GGCCGUAAUUUUCCCCAACGAGUCGCUAUUCUAUCUUUGUCCUGCCCACUUUCUAGCUCUGUAUAUUAACACUGUUGGUUGCUAUCUCAAUCCUUGUCACAAAUUAGAACUUAUACAAAAGCCAAAGAGGUUACUUUGUUCGAGUUCAUGUGAGUAGUUGAGAGCUCCUUUUGCUUUCCUCAGCCAAGAUUCAGGGGUUUAUACAAUCUUUUUGUGGGAUGUUUGACAUGUGAAUUCCUAUAUCGUAAAAGGCAAGGAUUGAGCAAUAGCUGACUUCUCCAUUGAAGUUGUGCCAUGGAAGCCGCCAUUUUUAGCUCUUACACACCGCUUUCCACUACAGCGGACCUCAGGAUUCCAGGAAAGUUUGCUGGAUGUAAUCUCCAAUUCUAUAAUUUGCCAUUGAACAGAACACGCAUUCCUCUCAAGUUAAAACUUUCUGAAUCGAGUAGAAGGCACUUUUCUUCACGAAAGGGGCUGAUAUUGUCAAAUGGUAGGAAAGAAUUAUCCAGCUAUUUUACCGAUCAACUUUCAAGAGACCACACAAGUAUCAGGGCAGCAUCAGGAGAAACGCUGCAUUAUGGACAGUCUUCAUCAGUUAGUGAAGAUGAGGGAAUGUCACCAACAUCUACAGAGGCCAAUGACUUUGUGUCCUUGCAGCCUAAGCAGAAGCAAUUUAAAAAUAGAUUCUUGAACUUUGUAAGACUGGGUUCCGUCAUUGAUAAUGCUGCCGAGUCUUUUUUCAAGAGUGAGAUAAGGAGAAGACUGUUUGUGACUGCCAUCUUAAUUCUCAUUAGCCGUAUAGGUUAUUUCAUUCCUCUUCCAGGAUUUGACAGAAGGUUGAUUCCAGAAGACUAUCUCAGCUUUGUCUCGGGAUCUGUUGAUCAACUUGGUGAUUCGACUCCGGAACUUAAACUCUCUCUUUUCCAACUCGGGGUCAGUCCUCAGAUAGCGGCAUCCAUUCUUAUGCAGGUAUUAUGUCACGUUCUUCCUUCUUUAGUGAAGCUGAGAAAAGAGGGCUUAGAUGGGCAUGAGAAGAUCAAGAGUUAUAUAUGGUGGAUCUCGCUUGGUUUUGCAAUUUUGGAGGGUCUUAUUCUCUCUUGUUACUCACUUCCAUAUUCGAUAUAUGCUGCCAGUCAUAGGGUUAAGCAUGUGUUGAUGACUACGUCCCUUUUAGUUUCUGGUGCAAUGACCAUGUCAUGGAUCUGCGAUAAAAUAACAGAGUCUGGAUUUGGUCAAGGAUCAACUUUGAUUAUUUGUGUGGGCAUUUUGACUGGCUACACUGAUACAUUGCAGAAAAUGUUAACUCAAAUAUCAGGAAGUAGCGGGAGCUGGUGGCCUUAUGUACUUGCAGUACUAGGUGUUUUUACUGUUGUUACAAUGUGGGCUGUCAUUGUGAGUGAAGGGUGCCGGAAAGUUAAGCUGCAGUAUUAUGGUUUUAAAGUUGCUUCUGCUGCAAGAUUUCAUGUGCAUGCAAUACUGGAGUUACUGCUUUCUCUUGCGUGCCUGAUCAUGUGUAAAGAAGAUUCUCCAGUUCCAGAGGUGGAGCCCUAUAUACCAUUCAACAUAAACCCAGCAGGAAUGCAGCCUAUUCUUGUUACGUCUUAUCUGUUGGCACUUCCCGGCAUCCUUGCAAGUCUUCUUGGUUCAAGGUUUUGGGAACACGUAAGAGACAUUUUGAAUCCCGACACUUCUCAUGGGGCAGAUCCGUGGGUUUACUAUACCGUUUAUGCUUUCUUUGUCUUCCUCUUCAACAUAUUUGACAUUGCGAACAUGCCAAAAGAAAUUGCUGAUUACUUAAACAAGAUAGGUGCUAGAAUUCCGAGUAUAAAGCCUGGAAAAGCUACAAUUGCAUAUUUGACAAAGAUCCAAGCUUCAACGCGGUUCUGGGGUGGUGUAUUAUUAAGUGUUUUGGCCACCACAUCCACCAUUCUAGACCAUUAUUUGCGUCGCAUCAAUGAAGGAUAUGCAAUAGGAUUGACAUCAGUGCUAAUAAUUGUGGGCUCAAUUAUUGAACUGAGAAGAUCUUAUCAAGCAUAUAAUGUAAUGCCAAGUCUAAGUAUGGCUUUGAAGCGGUAUGGUGUAUGAGAUUGGAGGGUGGCUCUAUUUGAGUAAAUGGGAUUCAGUUCUUGCUUGCACCAUUGGUGCGGAGAAUAUUUUGCAGAGUAGGAUUUUCUUGAGUGAAAUCUACCUACCGAUCAACAUUUUGUAACUUGGAAGAUCAAAGAUGUCACGAUCAGCCUACUCCUCCCGGUCAAGCCACAUUUUCCAUAUGUAGCGAGUAAAAUGUAGCCCUUUGGCUGAGAGUAAACCAUGUUAUCCUUCUUCCUUUUACUUUUCUUUGUUGCACGUAAGCUCUGCUAUGUAUUAUUAAAUGAGCUUUUGCAGGAUUUGAUGUAACUGCAUAAUCAUAUAUAGGGUUUAAUGAUGUGUGAAACCGAAAAACCAUUUCUAUCCACUAGCUUCACAAAUUCGUUUUGACUUCUACAUGCAUCCUUUGUGAUUUUGCUGAUGACAACACGAUUCAUCUGCUUCCUGAAUUGUGUUUCUAGGAUGCAGGAUGAGUCGCAGUGUCACUCGAUGAGGACUAGCCCGUGCUGCAAAUAACUGAAUUUUAACAAAGACGAGCGUGAUAGGGAGGGGUUUAUCGAUUUGUUCAGGGAGAGCAUUAGUUGGCUUUCUUACAUUCUGAUGAAGUGCUGUCUGUGCAUUAAUAGAGUUCAAGAUGCCUGAAGAAUAGAGUUAUAUAUGAUAUUACAUUUGUUUACGUGCUCUAGAUGGCCAAGAUAUGGCAUGAAGCAAGUGUAAUUUUCUUCUCUUGGCAAGCAAAAGAGGAUGUAAUUUUAUUUUAUUUUUAAUAUUUUUUUGGGGUAUGUUUACAAUCUUCGUGUUGGUUGAAAGGUGUGCAUCAGUGUGAAACUUUAAUCAUACUUGCUCCUUUUACCUCUCAUCUGUGAGAAGAUUAAUUAGCUUUGACGCUUGCUUAAAUUGUGAACUGGGAAAUCUGUACUCAAAUGUUCCUUUCUUUUCUUUCUAUUUAACGGAGUUGAAAUA